CCUCUCGCCGGCAGCAGCCGAGCCGGUCCCUCCGAUCCGACCUGGCAGGCUCACGCUGGGGGCCGCUGCCGGCUGGGGCUGCCCGGGACCGCUCAGCCCGUCCUGCCUGCCCUGCCCUGCCCUGCCCUGCCCUGCCCUGCCCUGCCCUGCCGUGCCCCCCCGUGCCCCCCGGCCCGCUCCCACCGCCGCCCCGCUCCCGGGCACGGCCGCCCCGGCGACAAAAAGUUGUGCGGAGCGCCGAGGAUGGGAGCGCAUCUGCAGCCGCUGGCCCUGCGGCUCCUGGCGCUGACUUUCCCCUUGGUGGCGAAGGGUUUUUCUGACGAAACCUUGGAGAAAGCCGCGAAAUCCGAGGGAUAUUGCAGUCGGAUCCUGCGAGCCCAAGGCACCAGGAGGGAAGGGUACAAUGAAUUCAGCCUCAGGGUGGAGGGCGAUCCAGAAUUUUACAAGCCUGGAAACAGUUACCGGGUGACGCUUUCUGCUGCCACUCCUGCCUAUUUUCGAGGGUUCACGUUGAUCGCCCUCAAGGAAGGAAAAGAAGGUGACAAAGAGGAAGACCACGCAGGAUCUUUCCAGAUCAUAGAUGAAGAAGAAACACAGUUCAUGAGCAAUUGUCCCGUUGCUGUGACUGAGAGCACACCUAGAAGGAGGACACGCAUCCAGGUGUUUUGGACAGCUCCUCCCACCGGGACAGGCUGUGUGAUUCUCAAAGCCAGUAUCGUGCAGAAGCGAAUAAUUUAUUUUCAAGAUGAGGGCUCUCUCACCAAAAAGAUUUGUGAGCAAGACUCAGCCUCGGAAGGUGUGACUGACAAACCAAUUUUGGAUUGUUGUGCCUGUGGAACUGCCAAAUACAGGCUGACAUUUUAUGGAAACUGGUCAGAAAAAACACAUCCCAAGGAUUUUCCACGACGCACCAACCACUGGUCUGCGAUCAUUGGUAGUUCUCACUCCAAGAACUACAUCCUGUGGGAGUAUGGAGGAUAUGCCAGUGAAGGUGUCAAACAAGUUGCAGAGCUGGGGUCCCCUGUGAAGAUGGAAGAAGAAAUUCGACAGCAGAGCGAUGAGGUUUUAACAGUCAUCAAGGCCAAAGCACAGUGGCCAGCCUGGCAACCUCUAAAUGUGAGAGCUGCUCCCUCUGCUGAGUUUUCCGUGGAUCGCCACCGGCACCUGAUGUCCUUCCUCACCAUGCUGGGCCCCAGCCCCGACUGGAACGUGGGGCUCUCUGCCGAGGAUCUCUGCACCAAGGAUUGUGGCUGGGUCCAGAAGGUCGUGCAGGAUUUAAUCCCCUGGGAUGCUGGCACGGACAGUGGCGUCACCUAUGAGUCUCCUAACAAACCUACAGUGCCUCAGGAGAAGAUCAGACCACUUACAAGCUUAGAUCAUCCUCAAAGCCCAUUUUAUGACCCAGAAGGAGGAUCUAUCAAACUGGUGGCCAGAGUUGUCAUUGAGAGAAUUGCACGAAAGGGGGAGCAGUGCAAUAUCGUUCCUGAUAACAUAGAUGAUAUUGUGGCAGAUCUAGCACCGGAGGAAAAAGAAGAAGAUGACACCCCUGAGACCUGCAUAUAUUCAAACUGGUCCCCCUGGUCGGCCUGCAGCUCUUCUACCUGUGAAAAGGGCAAGAGAAUGAGGCAGAGAAUGCUUAAAGCUCAGCUGGACCUCAGUGUGCCCUGCCCAGACACCCAGGAUUUUCAGCCCUGCAUGGGUCCAGGCUGCAGUGAUGAAGAUGGUUCCACCUGCAUGAUGUCUGAUUGGAUCACAUGGUCCCCCUGCAGCGUCUCCUGUGGGAUGGGAACGAGAUCCAGGGAAAGAUACGUAAAGCAGUUCCCUGAGGAUGGCUCCAUGUGCAAAGUGCCUACUGAAGAGACUGAGAAGUGUAUUGUAAAUGAGGAAUGCUCUCCCAGCAGCUGCCUGGUCACUGAAUGGGGCGAGUGGGAUGAAUGCAGUGCCAGCUGUGGCACAGGGAUGAAGAGACGGCACAGAAUGAUCAAGAUGACUCCUGCUGAUGGAUCCAUGUGCAAGGCAGAAACCACGGAGGCAGAGAAAUGCAUGAUGCCCGAAUGCCAUACCAUCCCCUGCCUCCUCUCUCCCUGGUCUGAAUGGAGUGACUGCAGUGUAACCUGUGGGAAGGGAAUGAGAACCCGGCAAAGGAUGCUGAAAUCUGCUGCUGAGCUUGGAGACUGCAACGAGGAGCUGGAGCAAGCAGAGAAGUGCAUGCUGCCCGAAUGCCCCAUCGACUGUGAGCUGACGGAGUGGUCCCAGUGGUCCGAGUGCAACACCUCCUGUGGGAAGGGCCACAUGAUCAGGACAAGGAUGAUUAAAAUCGAGCCCCAGUUUGGAGGAACAGCUUGCCCAGAGACCGUCCAACGUACAAAAUGCAGAGUGAGGAAGUGCCUGCGGGGCCCGGGGAUGGAAAAAAGGCGCUGGAAGGAGGCCCGGGAUAAAAGGAGAAGUGAACAAGCAAAGAAGAAUUUAGAUAGUGAGCAAUAUCCAGUUUGUAGGCUGAAACCAUGGACUGCUUGGACAGAAUGUUCUACACUGUGUGGAGGUGGAAUUCAGGAGCGCUACAUGAUGGUGAAGAAGAGGUCCAAAAGCACUCAGUUUACCAGCUGCAAAGACAAAAAGGAGCUAAGAGCAUGUAAUGUCCAUCCUUGUUAACAAAACACCAGGCUCCAAGUGAUGCACUCUGAGCUAAAUGGAAAGUCAACCUUGGUUUGUUUUUUUAAAACAACAACAACAACAAAAUAUAAAGUGUAUAUUAGUUUUCAUUUUUGCAGUGUGUUUUGCUUUUUAGUCUUGCUGGUGCAAGAAAAAUAUUUUAUAAAUACUUCCUCACGGAUUUAUGCUGAGAGUAAAUCUUUGGUACUCCAGCCAGCCCUUAAUGCAUAAAAAUAAUAAAGUCAUAAUGAGUUAUUUAACUAAAAUGCAGACAUAUCUGUGGACCUGGAAUAGCCAUAUAGAAAUACUACUUGUAAAGACAUGGGAUGCAUGCAUACUAACAAAACUAAGUUAAAGUGACAGAAAGCUUCAUCUGUGGGAGGAUUUCUCUCUAGAUCUGAUUUUGAAAAUCCAAAGCAGUGCCUCUGUUAUUACACAACUAUGCCAAGGAGUAAUUUCAGUAAUGCUGGUUCAAUAACAUUAAAGGUGCAUGUUUAUCUUUUUACACUGUUGGGUUAAGCUAAUAGUUAUUAUAAUAAUAAUCCUCAACACUCUUCUUCACAUGGAUGCUGUGGUCCAUGCAAAGAGGUCUUUGUUUCUUCAAAACUUAAAAAGGGAAUCAUUUUUGCAGUUCAGUAGUGAUGUCUGACCACUACACAAUCACAGUCAAGACAGCACAUAAGGAAAACAUGCAAAUAUUGUAUGUGCAGUCCAUACUGGGUCUAUCCAUUGCCUUUUAAAUUGGAUACAGAACUAGUAAAAAUUGGCCCAGAGUGUUGCAGCAGCUGUGUCACAGGAAGUCUUCCACAUGAAAGACACUAAAAAUUAGGUUCAGUUUCACGAGGAUGUUAAUCACAGGUGAAGAGGGAAACAGGUUUAUAAUAAAACAAAAAUGGUCAAGAAAAGGUGAGCCAGGUUCUCAUGCAUCCCUUAAAACUGAAAUGAGCCUCUGAAAGGAAAGAAAAUGACAGUCAUUUUAAAAAACUAAUUAUAGAUUGGCCCAAGAAUACAUUUACAGCAGUGUCAUUUAUGUCUUUUUUACUCAGAGUAUAGGGUAAUCUAAAAAUUACUAAAUUUGUGAGAAUUACCCAUUUGUAGAUAUACUAGCCAGGUUAAAUGCCCUUCCUGACUACUUAAGUGAUCAACAAACUGCCUGAGAUUAGAAAAUACCUCCUCAUCCUUCUAAUUGCUGUUUCACCCCACCUUCUGCAGAAUUUAGCUCUCAUCCCUACACGGAGUCAGGUAUAGUCAGCGACACCCUUGGGCCCCACUUGCUAUUGGAAUACAGUAUUGUCCUGUAAGUUCAACAAUCUGACAUUAAGAGGGGAAGGUGAAGGGUUCUCUUUUGGUCCAAGCAAGGCAGCAUCCACCUAUGUCUCUACAGAAAUAAAAACAAUGCACUGAAAAUAAAGACUGUUGAUGCUAACUAACUCUUAAGCUUGAGAGAAAUGAAUGGAGAGAAAUUUUUUUAAUGGUCUCUUUAAACCAGCCUUAAGUAAUUUACUCACUUCCUUAGCAUUCAGUCACUACCCUGAGGACCUGACACCUGGGUUUUAAAUGUCCCUGUUUGCUGAGCACUACAACCUUCUGAGCUGUUCUUCUUCCUCACCACCACCACGCUGGGGAUCCUCUGUACCUGAACAAUGGGUACAAAGAUACCUGGCUCGACGGGCUGGUGGCAUUAAUUGUGGGGCUGUUCAUCAGCUGUUCAUCCUCCACUGGACACUGCAAGGGCUGCUCAGGACUUCCACAGCCAUCACAUCCCGCCCUCUCAAGGGAUUUUACUGCUUUUUGCAGGUUUGGAAUGAAGGAAAGGCCAGGGAAAUAAUGGAACCCAGCUGCAGUGUGAACCCUCUCCUGCUGCUGCUAAAUGAAAUGGGUGCACGUCCAUACUCAACCAAACCAGGGGAAAAAAGAAUACAACAAGGUUUAAUGCUAAAACCAAACAUUUUACUUUUUGCACAGCUUGGCUUACUGCAUAAUAUUAAUUCAGAUAGCUUGCCUCCUUGUGCCUGUUGAAAAAUUCUGCAGUUUAUGUCUCUACAGAACUGCCAUUACAGCAUAGCAGCAAGACUGGCCCUCACUAAUGCUUUUAGGAGCUUACAUUACACUUUUAUAACCAAAAAAAAAAGAAAACCCAACAACAACAACAAAAAAACCCCAGUGGAAUGAUAUAGGUACGGGAGGAGUGACCAGCUGAGCUGUUUUGGGUGAAGAAACUGCAGAGAAGGGCCACAAUGAUCAAUGCCAGGGGCUCGGCCAGGGCAGAGCCACAUCUGUGGCUGAGCUGUCAGGGCUGUCCCAGCUGAGGCCAUUCACUCAGAAAAGUAAUCUCUGACCAUAAAAUGUGUGGCAGAGUGCUUUUAAAGGCUCUGAAGGAUCUAUGAGCCUGGGGUGGAGGGAGCAGAAGAAGUUUCUCCUGAACAGAAAAAAAUUGCUGAGUUCAGCAACCAGAUUUAUUUCAUCAACCCUUACCACUUGUUCAAGCUUAUCUUGCAAAACCGUGCCUGUUUCUGCAAAUAAUCAAUUAAACCCAGUGUUGUAUUUUCAUUUUCACGUUUGUUCCAGUACAUCAAGCUGUUUUGUCCCACUAAAUACUCCCUUUGCCAAAGGCCAUAUAGUCCAAAUACACUUACGGAAAACACACAAUGCCUUUCUGAACAUGCCCACAAAAUUGUCCAUUCAAACAAUCUGGCAUUCCUUUCUCCGUGGCUCUUACUAAUUUGAUUCUCCACAUACUUUUUUUCUCUCUCUCUUAGAAGGCUGUUCAGUGUGAUUUCCAGUCAUUUCUCUUAGGCUCAUUAAAGUUCUUAAUGUUGCAAAUUGCUUUUUUCCCCACCUUGUUAAUACAUGAAGUGACAAGGUAGAUUGCACCGGGUCAGAAAUGUGUGACCACUCCUGCUUAUGCUCAGCUUUUCACACUUGUUUUUUCUGUUGAAGCAUUUUACAGAUCACUUGUCUUUCUUCUAACUUGGUACAAGAGAAACAUUUACGCUUGUUACAUUUUGUAAAAAAAAGAAACACAAACAAAUGAUUAAAAAAAUAAGAGGUUGAUUUUCUAUUCAGAAAAAAAUAAAGCUCUGACAUACAAUAUGUAGAAGUCUUGCAUCGUUACUGUAAACUUUCUAGUAGUGUAAUAGGCACUGGUUACCAGUCAAUAAAAAUAAGAACUGUUACCGUUCUGAUGUCCUGAAUAAUCCUGCUGAACUGAAAGCACAGAUGUCACACCAGUUUUGUAGGCCUCAACUAUCAGAUCUUAGCAUUGUGCGUAUGGUUUUUUUUCUAAUAUACAAACUAUAGGAUCUUUACACAUAAUAAAAAAGAAAAGCUAGGGGCUUAACAAAUGUACAGUAGGACUCUGUGUGUGUGGCAUACAAGUUAAACAAAGUUUUGUUUGGUUGCAUUUUUAGAUUUCCUUUGUUGUUUUUGUUUGCUGUGGAAUUAUGAAAAAGCUACCAUGAACAUUUCUUACCAAAGUCUUGUGUAGAUGUUUUGUAGCUGUCUGCCUAACACAUUAUUAUUGUUAUUAUUAUUAUUAUUAUUAUUAUUAUUUUGGAAUAAAGACAUCUUUACUAUGAA